CAGAGUGUCCGCCCCCACAAUCUUCUCUAGGCGCGGGCCGCCGGGCGGUUCGUAGGGGAGUUAGCUGAGCUGUCCUGGGGGAAAGGAGGGCGCGAGGUGUUGAGACAGGGGAAAGUGACGAGCUGCCCUUCAUUGCUAGCCAGGGAGGAGCACGCGGCCGCUGCCUUACCCGGCUGCCCACUAUCACUCGUCCGCAGAAAUGUCAGCCGCCGGCGCCCGGGGCCUGCGGGCCACCUACCACCGGGUCCUUGAUAAAGUGGAGCUUCUGCUGCCUGAGAAACUGAGGCCGUUGUACAACCACCCGGCAGGUCCCAAAACAGUAUUUUUCUGGGCUCCAAUUAUGAAAUGGGGGUUGGUGUGUGCUGGAUUGGCUGACAUGGCCAGACCUGCAGAAAAACUCAGCACAGCCCAAUCUGCUGUUUUGAUGGCUACGGGGUUUAUUUGGUCAAGAUACUCACUUGUAAUUAUUCCCAAAAACUGGAGUCUGUUUGCUGUUAAUUUCUUUGUCGGGACAGCCGGAGCCUCUCAGCUCUUUCGUAUUUGGAGAUAUAACCAAGGACUAAAAGCUAAAGCAAACAAAUAAGAGUUCUUGAUCACCCUAACAACCUAGAUGUGGACAUAACCACUGGGACCUAGUUUGAUUUAUUAUUCAGUUGUCAAUGAGGUGAUGCUAACUGUGCUAACAUUUGUAAGGCAUAAAAUCUAACUGUAAUUGGGAGAUAGUACUUGAUUCAACAGAAAAAUAAAGCAAACUUUUAAUAAUAUUGUCUCUUUACAUAUUACUUAAGGAAUUUAUCUAUGGAUAUUAGUAACAUUUUUUUUUACUAUUUGUCCGUAAUAAAUCAUACUGCUCAUACGUACCACUGGCCUCCUUCUGUUCUAGUCAACCAAAGUGUGUGCAUAUAAGAGCACACAUAUUCCAGUGAGUCAAAAGAUAGUCGGGAAGUUAAAUAAUCUGUGUACAGUGAAGGAUGAUGAAGUAGCUAAACGUGAAAGGAAAUAGAGCUAAAGAGAGCGAAAAAUGGGUUGUGGAAUGGCCAGCAACAUGACACCUCAAACUGUUUUAAGAUAUUUUAACUUGAAAUGAAGAAUCUUGUGAAGAAUAUUAUUUUUUGGAUAUUGUAUGAAAGUCUUUUACAGCUACAGAGUAACAAAGGAUUUGUAAAUUUUUGAAAUAUAUUCAAUAACUGAUGUGAUGUGGUAGAAAAGCUCUAGAGUCAGGCAGACCUGAAUUUGAAUCCCAGCUGUGUGACUUACAAUCUCUGACUUUGGGCAAGUUAAGAAAGUGUCCAAUAAAAUACUGUGUGUGUGUGUGUGUGUGUGUGUGUGUGUGUGUGUG